GAGGAGGGAGGAGGAGGUACGGGCCAUGUUUGGGAUGGAGGGAUGGAUGGAGGAAGUGGAGGGUUGAUAAACUGAGUCGCAGCAGUUCUGACUCUCACUUCUGUCCUGCCCCCCUCCCCACGUCCCAGCAGGCCCUGCACUGCCACGUGUGAGUCGGUGUCGUAGAGUCGUUGCUCGCCCACAGCGCCCCCUGCAGUCAUGUGUGAUGAUGAGGAGAGCACCGCUCUGGUCUGUGAUAAUGGAUCUGGUCUCUGUAAGGCCGGGUUCGCCGGAGAUGAUGCCCCCAGAGCCGUUUUCCCCUCCAUCGUGGGCCGGCCCAGGCACCAGGGGGUAAUGGUGGGUAUGGGACAGAAGGACAGCUACGUUGGAGACGAGGCUCAGAGUAAGAGAGGAAUCCUGACCCUGAAGUAUCCCAUCGAACACGGCAUCAUCACCAACUGGGACGACAUGGAGAAGAUCUGGCAUCACUCCUUCUACAACGAGCUGCGAGUGGCUCCAGAGGAACAUCCCACCCUCCUGACUGAAGCCCCACUGAACCCCAAGGCCAACAGGGAGAAGAUGACCCAGAUCAUGUUUGAGACCUUCAAUGUCCCCGCCAUGUACGUGGCCAUUCAGGCCGUCCUGUCCCUGUACGCCUCCGGACGAACCACAGGUAUCGUCCUGGACUCCGGUGAUGGCGUCACCCACAACGUGCCGAUCUACGAGGGUUACGCUCUGCCUCACGCCAUCAUGAGGUUGGACCUGGCGGGACGUGACCUCACCGACUACCUCAUGAAGAUCCUCACCGAGCGAGGCUACAGCUUCGUGACCACCGCGGAGAGAGAGAUUGUGCGGGACAUCAAGGAGAAGUUGUGUUACGUGGCUCUGGACUUCGAGAACGAGAUGGGGACGGCAGCGACCUCGUCCUCUCUGGAGAAGAGCUACGAGCUUCCUGACGGGCAGGUCAUCACCAUCGGCAACGAGAGGUUCCGCUGCCCUGAGACGCUCUUCCAGCCCUCCUUCAUCGGUAUGGAGUCGGCUGGUAUCCAUGAGACGACCUACAACAGCAUCAUGAAGUGUGACAUCGACAUCCGUAAAGACCUGUACGCCAACAACGUGCUGUCUGGAGGAACCACCAUGUACCCGGGUAUCGCCGACCGCAUGCAGAAGGAGAUCACAGCGCUGGCCCCCAGCACCAUGAAGAUCAAGAUCAUUGCCCCCCCAGAGAGGAAGUACUCAGUGUGGAUCGGCGGCUCCAUCCUGGCCUCCCUCUCCACCUUCCAGCAGAUGUGGAUCAGCAAGCAGGAGUACGACGAGGCCGGACCGUCCAUCGUCCACCGCAAGUGCUUCUAAGAGAUCCACCAUGGUCUUCACCCACCUGCCUCCGCCCCACCCACCGCCCCACCCACCGCCCCUUAGGUUUCUAGUGUCAGCUGCAGCACUGUCUUCAUGUUAACCUCACUGAGCACGAGCAAACAGGUCCCAGAUCAGCUCCCAAAAACAGCCACCAGGGGGCGACAGCAGGAAGUCAGCCAUGUUGUUGGUAUCCAGGAAGAUGCUACAAUCUUUAUGUCAGCUGGAAACAGGAAGUGAUGUCGUCUCUGGUGUUUUUGGAGAACUGAACCUUUAUUCUGAACUUCCAUCAGAAAAUCUGCAGAUUUUCAGCUCAAACAUCCUCCCUCUCUGCUCACAUGAGAACUGUGAAUGUGCCGCUUGUCCUCCUCCCACCUCCACCUCCCCUCGCUCCACCUGUGGCCCCGCCCCCACCCCCCAUCCUCCAUUUCGGUACUGUCUCUUGUCAAAAGGUGUGUUUUUAUUUUUGAUGAAUAAAGCUUGAAUGUCGCCCGCUGGAGUUAUCGAUCUGUGUUAGAAUGAUGUCACAGAGUGUAUGAUGAUGUCACAUUGGUUGAACUCUGGGUAGGUGAGCAGGAGGCGUGGCCUGCAUUAGGGACGUGUAGAGAAUGUGAUGUGACGUCAACAACAUGGAGGUGACAGGAAGACAAUAAAGAGCUCUCAUACAAGACAA